ACAAAUAAAAUUUAAAAUUUUAAUAAGCAAUUAGAUAUUCUUAAAUUUAAAAAAUGGUUAUUAUUUACAACUGUGAUCAAUCCCAUUUUGGGCCAUAACUAGAUGUUAAUAGUCGGAAGAUUCAAUCGAGUCUACGAAAUCCGUCACUUAUUCUGAAAUGAAUAGACAUGACCCCCAACCCUGAAUUCACAUCCUGCGAUUUUUACAUGGCCUACGCCGACGAACACGACCUGAUGGUAAUAACCGAGACACUGGUCUCAGGAAUGGUAAAAAGCAUUCAUGGAAUCCACAAGUUAGUCUACCACCCAGACCGUCCGCAAGGCGAAGGUGUAAAAAUAGACUUCACUCCCCCGAGACAACUGCCAGUGAUAAAAAUCCUGGAAGAGAAACUGGGCGUCAAGUUUCCGGAUCCUGAGGAAUUAAACUCCGAGGAAGCCAACAAAUUCCUGAGUGAUUUGUGCAUCAAGCAUAACGUCGAGUGUCCUUCACCGACAGCCACCGCACGUUUGUUAGGCACGUUUGAUAGUCAAUUUGUUAUGAUAAGUAUUUCGACUGCAUUCAAAAAUACUCUAUCUGUAGAUACACAAUUGAGAAAUGACCUUGUAACUUGAGAACUAUUGACAUUUUUAAAAAUAUAAGUUCACCUCGACAUUAAAUUUACGGAGACUUUUCAUUUGAGUACCCAUAUCAAUUUUUCA